AAUGCGGGGCGACCCGGCCGCAGUAUCGAGCAUUUCGGAAGCCCAGUUAGGUCUCGUCUCUUUGUUAAUUACCCAAACUGCAUCUCGCAGUAUGCUUCUGGCCACGGGGACAGACCGCGCGUUAAGGAAAUGGCCCAAUAAUUAGGACUCGGGGUAGAAUGUGUCUUAUUUUCUUGGAGCAUGCGGGGCAAAGGAGACAGUAGGGUUUCGCUGGGGGCGCCGCUACGGUUCCUAUGGCAACGCGGCUCCUCGACGCAGCCCAGGAGUCGCCGUCGCGGGAGGCUGCGCCGCGCACCGAGCUCUUCCCUGUGGCCGCCGCGGCCGCCAGCCUCUUCCUGCUCAUGCUUUUCCUCAUCUUCAUCUCGGUCUGAGUGGGCUCUGGGCCUCUCCACCAGCCUCUGCCCCAGAACUGUUAACUGCGGGGGGGAAAAAAGGAAUUUGUCGUCGCAACGCGCGUUCCGAUGGAGCCGCACGCCACAAAGGAAGACUCAUGCUGCACCCCGCGGGGCAGAUGCGGCGACACUGGACAUCGCUGCACAGCUGGGUCUGCCAGUUUCCAGAGCUGCUUAGCGCCGACGCCCAUAAAUGAGGAGGAAGACUCCCUGUGUAUUAAAAGGGGGAUCCGCAGGGUUUAAUUUGAUAAGGAUUAUAGCCUUCAUAAAGGCAGUUUUAACAAAAAGAUGUAGGUGGCAUGGUAAUCGAGUAUUCUUUACGCAUCUCUCCGCACACGCACUCAUACCUGGAAACGUUUUGGCAGGCACAAUGAUUUUUUUGUGUAUAAAGAAUGUGUGUAACUCCUGGAUGAUGGGGUUCAGCAGGACAGAUUAGUGGCAUUAGAUAAUUUACAACGAGGAUUAUGUUUGUGCUGAAAAUAAAAGCUAUAUUGUUUAUUUA